AAAUUCUGACUUACGUCAGUGUGGGUGUUUCAGUCGGCCAUUAUUCUAAUUUCUACGUAUAAUAAUUAUUUAGUUUUCUAUUUUGCGCUGUACUAUACUCGAAACAAAGGAUUUCAUUAUUUUUGAUAUAUUCUACACCAUCAUUAUAGUGUUUGAAACAAAUUUAUAGUACAAAAUGAAUCCAGAAUACGACUACUUGUUCAAACUUUUGUUGAUUGGUGACUCUGGAGUGGGCAAAUCCUGUCUUCUCUUGAGAUUUGCUGACGACACAUACACGGAGAGCUACAUAAGUACUAUUGGUGUGGACUUUAAGAUAAGGACUGUAGAAUUAGAUGGAAAGACAAUAAAGUUACAAAUAUGGGACACAGCUGGUCAAGAGAGGUUCAGAACAAUCACAUCAUCAUACUACAGAGGAGCUCACGGAAUCAUCAUUGUUUAUGACUGCACAGACCAGGAUUCCUUCAGCAACGUAAAGCAGUGGUUGGAGGAGAUUGACCGCUACGCUUGUGACAAUGUGAACAAACUGCUUGUGGGCAACAAGUGUGAUCUCACCACAAAGAAAGUCGUCGACUACACUACGGCAAAUCAAUACGCGGAGCAGCUAGGCAUCCCGUUCCUGGAAACAUCAGCAAAGAACUCCACCAAUGUGGAGCAAGCGUUCAUGACGAUGGCCGCUGAGAUCAAGGCGCGUGUUGGCCCACCGUCCGCUGGAGCUGCGCCCGCUGGAGCCGCGGUCAAGAUCGACCAGGGCCGGCCCAUCGACACCGGCAAGUCGUCCUGCUGCUGAAUGUGACUCACGCCCGGCUGGCGAUUCAUCCAUGCAGCACGAGCCAAUGGCUGGCGCCAGUCGCUACACCACACUGUUAAAACGCAAUUACAAAAACGUUUCAUCGCAUAUAAUUAUUAUAUAAAUAAAUUUAAAACAUAGCGCGUUCGAUCGCGAACUUAUCGUAAGCUAACUUCUAUUAAGUUGCUACUGUCCGAAACACGUUAGUUCGUUAGUCACGGAACGGUGAAAUGUAUGGGUGUAUGUUUAUACAUAUUUAUAUAUAAUGAAUAUCGUAGGUAUAAUUUCUUGUGCUGUACUCCCAAAAGCAGGUCCUUUAUGCAACGCGAGAGAAAUUUAGUGUUUUUGUAUUUGGGAUAAUGGAGAGAAUUUAUAAGAUCUUCUGUUCAUUCACUCAACGGGCUGUUUCAAGUAGGCUAAUUAUUAUUUUGCCCAGCUUCUUCUGAACGUCACUCGAGGUACUAAUAAAUAAUGCACUGGGUGUUAAUUCCAUAUAUAUUUAUGUAUUGUUAUUCUGAUGCGUACUGGGGUUGUGCUGUCUUCGAGAUUUUGUGUUAAGGGAGGACCCAGUUUAGAAUGACCAUAAUUUUAACUCAAUCAAUACUUUAUAUGUCAAUACUGAGAACACCCAUUUAAUUAUAAGUAAUUUAAACACCAAUCUAACCUGUCUCACUUGCUAUCGUUGUUAUAAUGCCCCAUGUGUGGGUUCUCCUUUCGUACCUUCACUUAAUUUUAACACAAAAUUGUAGAUAUAGCAAAUUGGCCUUAGUGUUAGACGGAAUAUGUAUAGAGUAAUCUUUAGCCAUCUAUUUCGAUUCAGCGGGAACAUAGUAUUAAUUAAAAGACAUAUUCAAAUUUUAAUAUCACUAUAAUAAUGUGAUAGUGUGUUGCAAUGUUUCAAAUGUCGUCCGAUUCAGUAAUCGUUUCUAAAGUAUUAUGGAAUUGUUUUUUGCAAUAAUACAACAAGCGCGAUAUUUGAAAUAUCGUAAUGAGUAAAUUAUUUUAUUAUUUGAUCGUAUAUAACUUACUUAUUUUUGUACUAUUAUGUGAAGAAUUAAGUUUAAAUCGAUCCGCUAACCCACUGUAAUUCUGUAUUAAGGGUUUCUUAGAAAUUAAAACAGUAUGCUAUAAUAUAAAA